AUGGCAAAUGAAAAGAAAGGAAGUUACCGAACUAAACGAGUUUUCGUCAACAAUAUUGAUACGUAUUCAUCUAAAUGUAUCGCGAAGUUUCUGUCAACCUGCAUGGUUGGCGGUUCCUUGGAGGAGGCAGAUGAAGAUGGUCCCGUUGAGGAUGAGCAAACACUUCAAGAUGGGACUUUUCAAAUUGUUGGAACUACCUCAAACAACGAGGGGGAAAAACCCAGUUUUGCAUUAGAAUGUUAUACUUCACAGAAGCGAGAUCAGCUACUGCCAAGCCUAUUGGAAUGUGAUGUGGUGGUUUACAACAUCUCAGAACAUGCAACAGCAGAGCUGAUAGAUGAGGCAAUUUGGGCAAUUUCAGCUCUUCACUCAGAUAUUGAGAGUUUUGCGUCUCAGAAGAUAUUCAUUUUGAUAUCAUCAGUCAUGACCUGGGCAAUGAGCAAGCCAGCCGAUCCUAAUGACCCAGAGAUUCCUCUGACAGAGGACGACUACAGGAGGAAAAGACAUCAUCCUAACUUCAAGGAGCACACCAACGCAGAGAAAACUGUGCUCAAACUGGGCAAAACUAAAAAGUCCAAGCUGUCCAGUUAUGUUGUGGCAGCAGGUGUUCAGUAUGGAAUGGGAGAAAAUCUCCUGCACUACUUCUUCAAGACGUCUUGGCUGGGGGAGUUUGCACAAGUUCCUGUUUUUGGGCCUGGCACAAAUGUUAUCCCUACCAUUCAUGUCAACGACCUUGCAGGGGUUAUUCAGAAUGUAAUCGACCACAAGCCAAAGAUACAUUAUUUCCUCGCUGUGGAUGAUUCCAAUAAUACUUUUGAGGAUAUUGUGAAGAUAAUAAGCUUUGUGCUCGGUCCAGGGAAGAUCAAGAAAGUCCCUAAGGAGGAGGCCUACCUCACCAAUGUUCUGACGACCGCUGAUGUGGAUUACCUGAGUGUCAACCUGCGGAUAGAGCCAACCUUUCUGAAGGAAACCUUCAACCUUCGCUGGGUGUCGGAGGCUGGCAUCAUUGAUAACAUCAACCGGGUGGUGGAGGAAUACAAACUGUUGAGACUACUACUGCCCAUCAGAAUCUGUCUCCUGGGCCCUCCAGCAGUAGGGAAGAGCACCGUGGCAGAGAAACUGUGUAAACAUUACAAACUGCACCACAUCAACCUCAAAGAGAUCAUUGAUGAGAAUAUGCAUCAUCUGGAGGAGGCUGUGAAUGUGGCUGAGCAGGAGGGAGAGAGUGAGGAGGCGCUCAGUAACGCUCAGGACCAACUGGACUCUCUGAAGGACAGCAUGGAGCAAAAUGGAGGUCGCCUGAGCAACGGGCUUGUUUACCGUAUGAUGCGUGAUAAGUUGAACUCAACGCCUUGCAGGAACCAUGGCUUCGUCCUCGACGGCUUCCCCAAGUCCUACGAUCAGGCCAAGGAGAUCUUCUAUGAUGACCUGGAUCAUCCCAGGUCCAAAAUGCCUGCUUACAACAAGAAGAUCAUUCCUGAGUUCAUUUUCUCCCUGGAGGCAUCUGAUGACUUUUUAAAGGAGCGGGUGCAGAACCUACCUGAGAGUGUGGCAGAGAAAAUGCACUACUCUAAAGACGAGUACCUUACCCGGCUGAAGAAAUUUAGAAAGGCCAACGUGGAAGAUGAAACGGUUCUGAACUACUUUGACGAGCUGGAGAUUCACCCAGAGCACAUUGAGGUGAACAAUGCCAUCGAUCCUGAAUACGGCGAUGUGAUGGACAAAAUCACCAGGCUGGUGGGGCGUCCCAGGAACUACGGACCCACCCCUGAGGAGAGAGAGGAGAUGGAGAGGAAGUCCGUAGAGGAGACAGCACAGCGCCUGGUACUGGAGACAGCAGAGUGGAAGAGGAGGGAGGCUGAGACCGCUGCCAAGAUGGCCACACAGCUAGAGGAGUGGAACCGUCACGUGACUGAGGUGAAGAGGCAGGAGCAUGAGCUGCUGGAGGCUCGCUCCGCCCCCCUGAGGAACUACCUGAUGAAUUACGUAAUGCCCUCUCUCACUGAGGGCAUGAUGGAGUGCUGCAAGGCCCAGCCAGACGACCCGGUAGACUUCCUGGCUGAAUAUCUCCUCCGGAAUAAUUCACAAGAUUAG